AUGGAUUCAAAUGCCUUCGUCAAAAAGCUCACCUUCAAAUCCCAGGAUCUCGGCGCAGACAUCGACCUUCUUCUGACUUUCGACGAUCAGCCUAUCGGUGAGCUGUACAAGAAGUAUUACCCAUCGGCUUUUGCGGUCAGGAGAUUUGCGGCCGAUGGCGCUUACCACUGCGAAAUUGUGUAUCGAUCACAACUUGCGUUCACCAAGGUUGUUGUUUCCAACGACGUCAUCCAAAGUGCUUCGACCGAGGUUUCUAUCAACGUUGGGCAAUCUACCAUUCUAACCCAGAAGGGCGAGGUAUACCAAUUUUCCGAUCCCAAAACCGACCCAUUGGUGCCGAAGAAGAAUAUUCAAUGUACGAACAGCGCACCAUACAAACAGGAUAUAGGGGUCGGUACGUAUAACUGCUAUCUCGAGAUUUCUCGCGCUACAUUCGUAUGA